AUGCCCUUCUACUCGAAGGACUGGCGAUCACCUGGUGAAGAAUGGGUUAAAACUCAAGAGGGAUGGGAAAAGAAGAAAGUUCUUGAAUGCACAGCACAGAGAUUUCCUGCUAUUAACUAUAAUAACUCUGACGAUAGCCAAACAAAGUCAUGGUCCCAAGAUAACGAGGAAGCUGAUAAGAAUAAUGACUCGGUGUCCAGGGUACCACCACACUGCCAUAUAACAAUUAAAUGUACAAGAGAGAUCGCAGGUUUCAAUGGUCUGUCGGAAGCAGUUCGACGACUCGACUUCUCUUCAGCGGUGCGUGACGUGAGAAGAUUCAACUACAUUUGUGCCCUGUUAGAGUUGCUGCUAGGAGGCCAAAGACUGACGCAUUUACCCGGCGCUGCACAGAAGUUGCUACUGUCCAUGUUGGAGCAACUUGCUGAUCAAGUGGCCGAAUCGAAACAAAACCUAAACGCUUUACGAGCGCUACUGGUAGCUCUACAAUCUUUACGCGAAGCAGAAAGAGGUUCAUGCUGGGGACGGCCCUUGGGCUCCCGAGCGUUGUGGCGUCAUCACGACCAUGCUAUACAGCGUAUACAUUCUAUUGCACAGGCUAUUUGCAUACGUGGGCCGGGACCAGAAGUAGUGCCUAAGCUUCACGAUUUGCCUGAAGAAUGUAUCAGAGAAAUUCUACUAAGGAUACAAGACCACAGGGAUUUAGAUGCAGCGUCAUCAGCAUGGAGCGUAAUGGCUUCUGUUUGUACUGAGCAAAGAAUAUGGCGCGAGCUGGUAGCAUUCCACUUCUCGCAACAGCAGAUUGAUGGUGUGCUGAAGGGGAAAGACGACGGGGUAGAUGUGGAUUGGAAAAAGGUCUUCCAUCAGCUUAGGAAGUUGUACGGAUUGCGUGAAGACACGCAGUUCGCAGAAACGUUGUCGUUGUGUCGCCACUGCAAGUGUCUGUUCUGGCGCUCGCUGGGACAUCCCUGUAUAGCUGACCAGUGUCCUGAAUACCGUGAACGGCUAAAGGAAGCCGGUGGCCCUCUGCCCCCGCACCCCGUGCCCCCCGCAGCGUUCCUCAAAUUCUUCAGUCUCUAAACGCGUAACAAAAAUUAGAGCGUAAUUCAAUUUGAAUUAAGUAAAGUAUUACUUUUUGACUAUUCUAUGUGAUGAACUUUAUAAUUUACAAAACAUCCUGAAUACAACUUUGUCAGGUUUCAUUGCAGAGUAUAUCGUUACAAACAUGUUUUUUUAUGGGGACCUCACAUUAGUUUGCACCAAGUCUCUAUAACAUCAUCAGCUUUUUGCUGAUAGUCUCGUAACAUCGCUGAUAUAACAACAAUAAGCGUACCUAUAAUCUCUUUUUUGAAGACGGAGUAAAAUGACAUUUGCAGGGUUGCCAGUUUUCAUAAAAUUUUAAAUAGUUCUGUAGUUGUUGUCGAUAGUUUUAUCGAUAGAUUAUGCG